AUGGCGUUCCCUUACAUCGAUACGCCGCGCACCGAAAUCGACGGGAACGCGACUUACCUGACUAACGGCCUUCGGAGCGCGGGCCGUACGCACUUAUCGGCACUCGACUCGGUGGAAAACUCAUUCCACACGCCUUCGAAGGAUAAUGACGUGAUUAAGGGCUUCGGGGAUGGGAGGAAACGCACAUCGGGGACCUCCAAGGGGGAGUUUACGCCACUUAUGAAGAGUGCGACAAAGAACAACUUCCUGAAAAACAUGUCUACGACUCGAGGAAUGGAAGAUCCAAGGACCCCGGGCUAUAUGCGGGACGGCAAUCGCGGCAGCGCUCAUACCCCCGGACUGCCCGCUAUGGAUAUGUCCGAUAUUUAUGAAGAGGAUAUGACUGCCGAAGAUCCGACGCCACUUCCCCAAGUUGCUAGUAGCAGCGCACAGAGUACUCCGCUACCCGGCCUUUUGGGACGUGACGGCAAAGGUGUGCUGGGUGACGGACAGAACAUGACAUUGAAGGAACAAGAACGAAUCAUUGACAGACUCGAUAAAGACAAUUGGAACCUCAAGCUCAAGAUUCACUACUUGGAGGAGCAGAUCGAAAAGGCCGGCCCGGAAUACAACACCCUCGCCCUGAAAGAAAACACAGAGCUCAAGGUCGCCAGGUUGACUAUGCAGCGCGACAUCUCCCGCUACAAAAAGAGUCUGCUGCAGGCAGAACAUGACCUGGAGGAGUAUCGACAACAACUCGUGGAGAUGAGAGAUCGGGCUCGAAGGAAGCAUACCGACGAGGAGGUGCAGCGUGAGAUGGACCUCAUGCGGGAGGAGAUCGACUCUAGGGACAACGAGCUCCGGGACCUCCGAGAAGAAUUGAGACUCGCCAAGGACGAGAAGUCUCAGGAGGCCGAGAAACUUCGCGAUGAAAUGGAGGAUCUGGAGGCCACGGUCAGAGAAAAGGAGCGGGCUAUCGAUGAGCGGGACGAAGAGAUCGAGGAGCUACGAGAGAAUAGGCAACAGGGCGACGCAGCCACAGAACUUCAAGCCGAGCUCGACCGAGCGAAAGAGCAGAUCCAAGAGCUUCAGGUCAGUUUGGAACAAGCGCAUAAAGACGCCCAAGAUGCGAACGAGACUGCCAGGCAGGCCAACGAUGAGAAGGAACGCGCCGAGGACGAUCUUCGAGAGCUACAAGAUGAGAUGUCGAACAAGUCCGUCAUGACAAAGGGAUUUAGCCGACAGCUGGAGGAAAGAGCUGAAAAGCUUGAGGAAGAAGUGCAGCAGUUGCGUCAAGAGAACGAAACCCUCCGAAUCGAUGUCGAGAAUAAAACCACGACUUUGGCCCGAUUGGAGCAACGCUACGAUGACAUCCAACGAGAUUUGAAGAGUAAUACCGGUAAGCUUGGCGAAGACCUGGCAUCGACGAGACGCGAGCGAGAAUUGGCCCAGCAGGAGCUUGAAAGUGUAUCCGCUCGUCUACAAGAGGCUUUCGAUGAAAUUCAACGCAGGAAUGAAGAGAAGGAGCUUCUGCAGACACGGAACCAUGCUCUGACCGAUGAAUCUGGAGGCUUACAGAGUGAACUAGCCCGUGCACAGUCUAGAAUCCGUGAGCUUCAGUCAGCCGUUGAAGAAGCCACAAACCGGGCACAAGACACCCAAAAUCUUCGCUGGCAGCAAAAGGUUGAAGUCGAUCGACUGCAGGAUGAGAUUGAAGCUCUUCAGCAUGAGAUCGAGGAUAAAGAGGGACACUUUGCCCUCGAACAAGACCGAUGGGAGAGCACGAAGCGUACCCUGCAAUCUCAGAAAGACCGCGCCGAAGAACAAGCCAUGGGAUACAAGCGCACGAUUGAGAGGCUCCAAGAAACGGAACACACUCUUUCAGGGAAGGAGUACAAGCUCCAGGAAGCCAUUGACAGCGAGAAACAACGUCAUACCCAAGAGGAAGCUGUCCUGCAACGUCAAAUCAAGGAACUUGACAACGACCUCUCGCAGAAGCGACACAUUCUUGAUGAACAGCGCAGCGACCUUCUCACUGUCAGAGAGGAGCUUCGUGUUUCGCGUCGUGAAGAACAGUCACUCAAGGAUAAAGUGCAGGCUCUGGAAGAUGAAGUCGUGGUGCUGCAGUCAAGCUUGGCGGACGAACAAGAAUACGCCAAGGGUCGAAUCCAAAAGGGCUCUUCAGACGUGGAGAAUCAACUGCAGAAAGCAAUCGCCGACAGACAGACGCUUCGUGACCAACUUGCCAAUGCACAUGUCGAAAUGCAUGACCUGCGGACCUCUGUGGCCGAAUUUGAAGCCGAGUGUGCUGAAUUACAUGCCCAGCUCGAGAAACCUCAAAAUGUGGAUGACACCACUCGCUUCGAUCGUGAAAAGCUGGAGCUUCGGAGGACCACGUCCCGGCUUGAGACCGAAUUGAAACGACUGCGAGAUGACAAGUCUUCACUACUUGAGGCUAAGGAUAGUCUCGAGAAGCAACUUGGUUCCGAAAUCGAACGUGCGACGGCAGAAGAGGGUCGUCUCUCCGCUGAGAUUGACCGUCUUCAGGACAAGCUACUUGCAGGCUCAGGUAACCGGGACCGAGAAUUGACCUCGGCCAAGACGAAAGUACAACGUCUGGAGCGACGUAUUCAGGAACUUGAAGCCAUCCUUGAGAAUCAGCCCCAGACGGAGAACGAACCGUCGACUGCCCAUGGGGAUCUAUCGCUUCUUCGACACAGCCUCGAGGAAGCUCGGAACCGCGAGAAGAAGUUCCUGCAGCGCGAAGCGGACCAUAAAGCAUCCACGCGCACCUUGAAGUCGCGAGUUGCAGAUUUGGAGAGAGAUCUCCAUGAAGCUCUCAUGAAUAAGUUUGAUUCGAAUUCUAUUCAUAACUCGCCCUCCAACAAGCUUCAUGAGGAGCUGCGAAGCUUGCGGAAGCAGCUUUCUGAUGCCCACCGAUCGCUCAAAGAAAUCAAGUCCAAGAACCGAGAUCUUGAACGCGCUGUCAUGAGAGAGGAAGACCAGAAGGACCUACACGAACUACUUAAGUCGUCGACCCUCGAGGCCGAAUCCCUCGCGCUGAAGGUGUCUGAGCGUGAUUCACGUCUGAACGAGUUGAAGAACCAAGUGCGGCGCAUUCGUGAGGAGCGCGCCUAUUGCGUUCGCAAGGCUGAAACGGCAACCAAGGAUCUGGAGGUACUUCAGCAACGCUACGACGAAGCUCUGGAAAAGAUCUCAUUUGGAAAAUCAACCAACAAGUCUAAACACGAGAAAGAGAUUCGUGGCCUGGGCAAAGAGAUUGUCUGGCUCCGUGCCCGCUUGCACCGAGAAGAGAAAUUCCGUCGUGAUCUGGCUUGGAGCAAGGGACUGAUGGAACUUGGCGAGCGUGUUCGCAUAGCAUGCAACGAAGCAGAUCUCCGUAUGAUCUCCGAGAUGGGCGUUCAAUCUCGAGACCGCAACAAUGUCCGUACUCCUCGAAGCAAGUUCCGCUCUGCCAUCUCAAUGGUUGUGGCUACCGUUCGUAUGCAACGGAUGGGCAAGGAGUGGAGGCGAACCAAAAAGAUCGGCGAGGGGUUGAAGCGAGCCAAAAGCGAGAUGCUGAAGCGCCGAGAAAGCUCGAACAGAAGUCAGCUCGGUCAGUGA